GUUCUCGCGCUCGGCUGCUCAUGCCUGCCGCUCUCCCAUCAUGGAGUCGCAGUGCGAUUACUCCAUGAUCUUCCCGGCCUGCCCGCUCCUGCCGUCAGACCUGCCCGCCCGGUACCGCUCCCUGCCCCGCCGCAACCACCUCUACCUGGGCGAGACCCUGCGCUUCCUGCUGGUCCUGCGGCUGCGGGGCUCCGGGGAGGCCGCGCAGGACAGGGCGGGGUCUGAGGCCUGCACUCCGGGGGAGAAAUCUCAGGAAAGCCCGCGGUCUGAGGCCUGCUCCUGGGCCCCGCUGGCCGCCUCGCUCUCCGCCCUGGCCAGUGUGUGUCCGGGGGAGGAGGGGCUGGAGGAGGAGGAGGAGGAGGAGGAGGGGGAGAGCGGCGGGGGGUACCGGGGGUGCAGGGCCAUCCUCAGCCAACAGCAACCGGGGGCCCCGGGAGCAGCAGGAUCCGGGACUCCUGUAACAGACCCUGUAGUCUCUUGCGAUGAGGUCAUAUUUCCAUUGUCUGUCUCUUUGGAUCGCCUCCCACCUGGGACAGUCAAAGCCAAGAUAAUUGUAACCGUUUGGAAGAGGGACACAGAGCUGUCCCGCGUGAAAGCACUUGGUUAUCGAUCUCUCUUACUGAAUUGCACUCCAGGCCAGAUUUUCAGAGAGGAGCAAGGAACCUUCAAAGCUCAAGUGAGCACCCUGCUGACCGUGCUCCCACCUCCCACCCUCAGGUGCCGUCAGAUAAAUGUGUCUGGGAAACACCUCACUGCCCUAAAAGUGCUGAAUACUUCCUCCCAGGAUGACCUCUGUAUCAGAGAUGUGCGGAUCCUGCCCAACUUCAACGCCAGUUACCUCCCGGUCAUGCCAGAUGGUUCAGUACUGCUGGUGGACAAUGUCUGUCAUCAGUCGGGAGAUGUAAGCAUGGCUUCCUUUCUGCGCCUUCACAGUGGCUCCUCUCACCUUCCCAGCAUGCUCUGCUCCCUGGAGGAGCAUAACUUUCUAUUCCAACUGCAGGCCGGAGAGCGCCCCCCUGAGGAUGCAAAGGAGGGUUUGGAGGUCCCCCUUGUUGCCAUUAUUCACUGGUCUACCCCCAAACUUCCUUUCACAGCCGGUAUUUACACCCAUUACAAACUCCCAAGUAUUCGCCUGGAGAGGCCGCGUUUUGUGAUGACUGCUCGCUGUGAUUCCCCUGUACAAACGCACACACCGUUCCGUGUUACCUACACUCUACUCAAUGACCUUCAGGACUUCUUGGCAGUUCGACUCGUGUGGACACCUGAAACCAAUACAGCUGUCAGCGGUAGAUGCUUGUCGGAGGAGGAUCGGCGCGUGACACAAGCAGCGCAGGAAGCUGUGGUGUGUUACACUCCUAUUAACAGCCUGGGAUUCUGCCGCAAGGGAAGCUCAGUGACUAUUGGUGUCACUUUCAUGGCUCUGCGAGCCGGACUUUUUGAGCUAAGUCAGCAUAUGAAAUUAAAGCUCCAGUUUACAGCCAGUGUGUCCCAGGCUCCUCCAGACGCACGCCCUGUAUCCCGGCGGAGCAGCCCAAGCAGCCCAGCACUCAGGGACCUGGAAAGGCAGCAACAAGGGGGCGCGCUGGGAAGGUCGCAGUCCUUCUCCCACCAACAGCCGCCACGUGGCCAGCUCAUAAGGACUGGCAGUGUGAUGGAGCGUCGUGCUAUCACUCCACCUGUGGGAUCACCACUUGGUCGUCCACUGUACCUGCCGCCAGAACGUGCUGCCCUUUCCCUGGAUAAAAUCGCAAAGCGCCAGUGCAAAGUGCUGGUGGUGAAUCUGGUUCAGUGAUGAAGUGGACCUUACACAAACUGCCAUUGAAGGUGCAGAGAGAAGAGGGCUCACUAAGAACAUGGAACAGAAGGCACAGCUCCGAGCGUGGGCUGACUGGGAGAGGGACCAGACAGACUGUGACUACACUCCUCCGACAAAGACAUGUAGUCCAGUUAAAGCGGUACUUAUUCAGAUUGGCCACUCUAGAAUUAAAGGAAUUUAGGGAAAAAAAGUUUGUCAAUGUGGUGAGAUCACCAAUCCAGGGUGGCCAAACGGUAGAUGUCUAGCUGUUCUGAUGCCUUAUAAUGCAAAGCAUAAUGGGUGAUGUGGUUUUACAACAGCUAGAACUCUACAUAUUGGCUAUUCCUUUGUUAAGCUAACCCAUGAUAAAGGGAGGAGGACAGGACGUAUGCAUUUGAUACCUCAUCUCUCUCCUACUUUCAGGAUUUUAUUAUGUUUACAUAUUUUAUUUACUUUGGUUUUUUUUAAUGAAACAUUUCAAAUAGACCAGUACUGCAAGCCAAAAAAGGCCAACCCAAACACCUCUCUUUUCUGUACAGAAUUCUAGUAUUACCCAAAAUGAGUUCCACAAAAUAUGUUUGGGAAGAAGAGAGGAGGUGUGAAACUCAUACUACUGACCAGAAUUUAUUAACUAGGCUAUAGAAGAUGUUCAUAGGGAUAAUUAACCUAAGAACUCUAAACUUAAAAUCUACUGGAACACACGGUACAAUUUGUACUAUGAUAUACACUGGAGACCAAAGCAAUAUAAUUAAAAGACAAAGAUUGUCCAGAAUGGCAGCCACAUGACUGACUGCGACCAAAAGGAAUAUCCACCUGCACAGCGUUAAAUCACAAUGUAUUGUCCCUAGACUCGAUUUUUGCUGAUGUCCUCUCGCUAGGGGAGGAAAGCUAUGCAUGUGUACGAACAAGUGGUCAAAGCACAAAUUUACAGCCACGUGGGCUGACAGGACGGGAUACGCUCCAAGGUUUUUUCUUUUUUCUGCAUUAAUGCAGAUUGACACAAUGUGGUCAAAUAGCCAAAUAUUUUCCAAAAUAGUGCCACAUGGGCACAGAUUAACUGUAACUGCUGAAUGGGUUUAUCAGUGGUGGGUAAACUUUUACAAUAUACAGAUCUAGUUUUCCAAUAAUAUUGAGCCAGGAUUGUGAGACAAGUAGUCCACAAGAGUUCUAGACCUAAACGGUAACCCUUACUGUGUUUGAGUCCCUCGUAGACAAUUUUACCUAAUAACAGUGGUAUUAUAUGGGAGUUUGAUGGAUAUGCCCCUUAGGCCCUGCAAUCAGCUGCCUUUGCCCUGAUGUUUAGGAGGAAUGGGUGGCAAUUCGCUUAAUCUGCUCCCACUCUAUUUGUAGGGAUGCUAAAUGAAAGAGGGGGACAAGUUUAGGCCACCAAACAAACCAAUAUGUUUAAAUAAAGAAAGUGAGUGACAUGUUUAUUGUGUUUUAUAGCAAGUCCCAUGAAUGGAUUAUAUCGGCCGUCUGUACGUUUGGAUGAGCUAAAUGCUUGUCAGACAACUGCAGCAAAAUUCACUGGGGCUACAUCAGGGUCUGCCUCGUCUUGUGUAAACUGACUGCACAACAGGACGCUUGCUUGUAGUUUAAAUGCUUUGUUUCUGGCUGUCACUGGAAGAUCCUGAGCUGAGACUUGAAAAACUGCACGUAUUGUAUUAUUUGCCAAUAUAUGGGGAGAUCCCAGACCUGCACUUAUCAGCCCAAUAUACCUGCCAAUACUUGAGUGCUUUCUGUGUCCCUACAAACCACAGAUACUGGAUUUUAAGAUUUCGUUUUGUUUAUGUCAUUGAAUGUUUUUUUUUGUUUUUAUUUUUGUUGUCCAUCGCACUUUAUGUUUUAUUAAAUGCGUCUAAUUUAUUUUGAACAAAAAACUGGAAAAUAUAAAAUGCAUUUUGAAGGGA